GUUUUAAGAUUUAAUUUUUUGGCAGAACAGUGCCUUUCAAGGAGAAAAGAGGUCUCUCUACAACAUGUGCAGAGAGCAUCCNGUCGAAGCCUAAGCAUAAGCCGAAGCCUAAGCCUAAGCCUAGGCCUAGACCGAAGCCUAAGCAUAAGCCUAGGUCGAAGUCUAAGCCCGAAGCCUAAGCCGAAGUCCAAGCCGAAGUCUAUGCUGAAGCCGAAGCCUAAGCCUAAACCUAGGACGAAGCCUAAGCUGAAGUCGAAGCCUAAGCUGAAGUCGAAGACUUAG